ACAAACAUACUGAUUGACAUGACAGGAAGGGAUGCUGGGACGCGGAUGUUCUUUAAAGAAAGAUGGAGUUUUAUUGGAUUUUAUGCAAGACGGAUUUGACAGAUUGAGCAGCGGCUGACUGAUUACAACAUUGUUAAAAGAGGAAGUCAUAUUUGAAUCCUACGGCAGGGCCGUACUUACAAUAUGUACUGAGGGGGACACAUCCCUCCUCAAUUUUCAAUAAAAUGAAAGCUACGAGCCCUUGAACCAUCACACUUGUUUCAGUAGAGCCUUCGCACCAAUCAGCCUAUGGCAAAGUGUUUUCAGAAUUAAUCAUUGGUAAAUCUAGUCAUAUUUAAACUGAACAAAUUUCCAUUUUCAUUAUUAUUAGGCUGCCAGCAGCUCUGGUGUUACAGGGUACCACAGUUCUGACUGAUUUAUCCAAGUGCUUCAUCAGUUAGUGUCAAACUCUGAACCGUCUGUUUCAUUAAAAGGUAUAAAAACUUUAAUGUGAAAUAUAGUCUAUAUCACUGCCCAUUGUGAGAGUUUUAAUAAAGUGUUUAAUAACAUGAUAAUGUUAUCACAGUCACACUAAAUUCCUGUCAGAAUGUUAGCUAGCCAGCCUACGUUAGCUCAGGAACCGCCGUGUAGACUCACAGUCUUUACUUUUUCCCACUAAUUCUUCCAUGGUUGUAUAAAUAUCUGUGUCAGCUUUGUUUCUUUCAACUCUGACCAGUUUCUACUUUCCAAAUCCAGUCACUGAGGACAAAGCUACAAGACUUUAGCUUAGCAGCAGGCCGCUACCCGGUGAGGAGGGUCAAGGCCACCGGGUACUGGUUUUAAAACAUUAUCUCCCACCAGCAAAAUGACAGAAGCGUUCACGACACAUCACAGAAUAGACAAGGACGUCGCCGCCGCCCGGAGGUGAGCGUGGAGGCGGAGAGCCGCGCGGCGGGCACCAGAUGCUGGGAUUGGUCGGACGCUCCACGUUGCACAAAUCUAAACAGCAGCGUAAAGCAGGGACGGCCGGAGGAUGAAGCAGCAGCCAGAGCAUCCUCAUCAUCCGACCGAGCCAGGCUGCACGUAGAACACAUCCAAACAGCGACGUGUGCUGCCGAUCAAUCAGACCGUCGGCGGGUAUCGUCCGGAUCUGCAGCCGUCUGCAAAGCAGCGCCAGACAGCACGGCGCUGUUUUCCACCGUCCGCUGAGGAGCAGAAAGACCGGGGCUGGUCAUGGGUUCGUCCUCUGGGUAAUAUCGUCUGAGCUGCAGCACAAACGCUACCCGCAUCUGUAGAAAAUCAAACCAUGGGCUCCAGACUGAGCAGGCAGAGCAGCCUGGAUAACGAGAAUUUCUCCAAGAAGCGACGCAAGCUUGUGGAGGGCACCGGAGAGAGCGACCGGGGCAGCCGGGGCGGCGGGGACUUUCUGUUUGCACUGAUGCUGAAAUCAGACAAACUGCCCGGGAUGCUGCGGAGGACCAACCACAGCCCGUACAUGCGGCGGGUGGCGUGGAUCAAAGAGAUCCAGAAGCUGCUCCGUGACCGCAGGAUAGAGCAGGCGACCGACGUGCUCAAACUGCUGAGGAAGGAUCUCGGUCUGGAGGGAAGCUCGCUCAACGACAUCUUGUACAAGAACGCCGCCUUCCUCAACCUGGUGGACCCGAUCUCACACGAGCUGCUGCUCAGCCUGGCUCGAGAGAUGCAGUGUCCCAAGAAGGAUGCAGACACCAUAAAGUCCUCUGAUAAGAUCUGCAGACAGCUGAUCUACCACCUGACCCCGCACUCAAAGUGGCUGAGGCAGAGCAUGUCCAGACGGAAAUCCCAGGCCUGUCUCAAGACGACCUUACAGAAGAAGCUGUCCAGUGACUCGGUCGACCUGUCAGGCAUCCCCCUGUCCACCCGUGAUGUCCGUCAGGUCGCCUUCUACCUCCAGAACAACAGAGACAGCGUGGUGGCUGUCGACAUCAGCUUUACCGAACUCCAUGACGAGAACCUGAGGAUUCUCCUGCCCCUUCUCGCCUCGCUGCCCAAACUCAGCACCCUGGCUCUCAACGGCAACCGCCUCACACUGGCCAUACUCAAAGACCUCACCGAGAUGCUCAAAGACCCCAAGAUGUUCUCCAACCUGGCCUGGAUUGACCUGGGCAACAACGUGGAUAUUUUCACCAUGCCUCAGCCUCUGCUGGUCGCUCUGCGUCGGCGCUGUAGCCUGAAGAGCAGUUUACCAACAAUCUACGAGUACACAGAGGGUCAACCCUACUGCUACCACCUGGAGACCUCUAUUGAGGAGCCCAGCCACUACGAGGAGGAGGAGGAGGAGGAGGAGGAAGAGGCGGAGGAUGACGAGGAUGACAUGGGGAACAAAUUCGAGCUGGAGCCGUGGGCUUUAGGGGAGAAGCAGCUCUCCAAAGACUUCACCCUUCACUACUGUGAGAGGUGAUGGGCUACUUCCUGUCCGAUGCUCUUUCAACUGUGGUUGAAACGUCGUCCCACAGCACUCUGUUAACUUCCUUCGCCCUUUCGCCCUCACACCACGAGCCCAGUUACCCUUCGAGGCACGAGGGAGCCCACAUUGUGAACUUCUCGUCCUGACACGGCUACCAAGCUAUUCCUAACCAUCUCUGAGUUAAAUCCACACAAGAUGACGGUGAAGUGACGGCGGACUUACUGUGUUGGUGGAUGGUGCUCUUGGGAACAAGGUGCGGUUUCAUUGGAGGGGGGGCAGGAAGAGUUAAUGUGCUGGUGCUCUCUCUCUCUCUCUCGCGCUCUCUCUCUCUCUUUCUCUCUCCCCCUCUUUCUCUCUCUCUCUCUCUCUCUCUCUCCCUCUCUCUCUGGCAGCUGAAGAGCCAAUCCCAAGGAGAUUCAGAUCAGUUGUUUGAAUGGAGGAGCAGCAACAUCCCGGCGGUGGCUGAAGUGGAAGUUCGUUUGGGAUCAGAGGCUCCCUCUGGGUUCUGUACCAGGACUGAGGCUAUCUCUGGCAGGCAGGGCCUAGCUCCACAUUGUGUGUUCUCUGUUAAUCUCUCAACAAAAGCUAUGACACAAGUUCAACAGACUAUACAGCCGACGACCCAUCACGUGACGCCGGCAAAACUGCUAGGUCAAGACUUUUUGCCUUUUCCCCCCCUUUCCAAAUGUCCACUUGUGAAUACCCACGCAGCCCCUGUGUAGAUGUAAAUGAGGACACAAAACAUGGCUCUGUUGUGUUUCCAUGGGCUAUUUUUGUGCACUUUUGGUGAACAAAGCAAUCUUAGAAGACAACAGGUAGGACUCAACAAUGGAUAGCUGUCACUGAUUGUUUUUGUACUUGCCUAAAUGCUGGUAUUCACCUCUUUGUAAUUACUGAGCUGUUGUAAUCAUCACCACAGUGUUUCAGCGUGUUUAUUAAACCACAGCCGAGUCUGAGCGAUGUCCAAACCGCCCGUCCUACUGCCGUCCGUCUCUACAGAUGUGUUUUCCAUUUAUCAAUCCUGUGUUUGCUAUAAGACACAGACGUGACUGUUAUCUCGUGGUUUAGUCUGUCUACAGUAGCACGAAAUGAAGGAGUUAGACUGACCAAAACACUGCAGUGCACUUUAAGGGGAAUAUCUUUUAUAUUUUACUUUCUCCCUGGCAUAUCCUCUGUGUACGUCAUUUAUAACUAGAGAUAUUUACAAAACUGAAGCUGAACCUCUCUGAGGGAAAAUGAUGACCAAAUUGUUUGAAGGCUUGUUGACAACAACAUACCUGCAUCACCUGAUAUAUAAUAAAUGUUUAAGUGUGUGUUAUAUGUGUUUGAAACAGUAAAAUGUCUGAUUACUGUUGUAAUAAUUUGUGUUCUUGUUUUGGUGUUUUGUCUUUUGUAAUUACAGUAAUGACUAACGAGCGCAGUGGCUCCUGCAGUGAACAAAAAGGGACGUGGCUGAUGGGAUUACACUAUAAAAAAAUAGUUCAGACAAUGUAAAUUACACCUUUGAUGUCAGAUGUUUAAUCUGAACCAUGGAGAGUACUGUCCAGUUGGUUCGUAGUUUAUGUUUCGUGUGUCAACGUCGAACUCUUCCCUGUAGCCCGUGUGUACUGUCUCAUGUCAAACUGUGACUGCCAAUAAAAGAGAAGAACCAAACUGAGAAGUGACGUCUGGGUUUGU